GCCCCUCGGGCGUGCCGCUCUUCUCCGACCCGGGUGAGGGCGAUAGGUUCGCUCGACCCUGCCUCACACGCGCCCCGCCGCCCCCUCCUCCCUCUUCUGGAGUCGUCCCGGCCGGAGCGUGUCUGGAGGAAUCCGCCGCCGUGAGGCCCCUCGCCCGCUUCUGCUCGUCCGGAAGGACCGGCCCGAUCGCCGCCCGGGGCUGAGCGGGCAGCCGGCGGCGAGGCGGGAGAUGGUGGGGUGGGCUCCGGCAGGACCGCGUCGCCGCCGCCCGGAGCCUGGCCUCGGCACCCCCCCGCCGGCCCCCACCAAGCGGAUCCUUGCUUCCUCCUCGCCGCAUCCCUGAGGGAAGCGCCGCCUCUGCUCCUGGGUUCUCAAUCCUCCUGCCUGCUCCUUCCUGGCCGGACCCCGCCGCGCUCCACCCGUGGCCCGAGGAGCCGGUCUCCAGUCCACCUUCGCAGCCCCCCCUUCCUUUUCUGCUUGGCUCCCACCCUCCCCGGCCUCCUCGGAUCCUUUGGCUGGACGCUGAGGCGGGGGAAGAGGCUGGGGUCGCCACGGUGGAGGUUGUCGCCGCCACCCCCCUGCGGGGGUGGCCGGGGUUCCCGGCUGGGGGGGCACCAUUCCGGGUGAGGCAUCCACCAUGGUGAGGCCCCUGAGCCGCUGCCCCCGCGCCCCCCCGGCCGCCGCUGCCUCCUGCCCCUCAGUGCUGCUGCUGCUCCUCUGCCUGCUGUUGCUCCUCCAUCUCCAGAUCGGAUCGCGGUGAGGGAAAGAUGAGCGAGGAGACGGCGACUUCUGACAACGAUAAUAGUUAUGCACGAGUGCGAGCUGUGGUGAUGACCCGGGAUGACUCAAGUGGUGGAUGGUUACCACUUGGAGGGAGUGGACUAAGCUGCGUCACUGUCUUCAAAGUCCCUCACCAGGAAGAGAAUGGCUGUGCUGACUUUUUUAUCCGUGGAGAGCGACUCAGGGACAAAAUGGUGGUUUUGGAAUGUAUGCUUAAAAAAGACCUUAUUUACAAUAAGGUCACUCCAACAUUUCACCACUGGAAGAUUGAUGACAAGAAAUUUGGCCUUACCUUUCAAAGUCCUGCUGAUGCUAGGGCUUUUGAUAGAGGCAUUCGGAGAGCCAUAGAGGAUAUUUCUCAAGGAUGCCCAUCAUUUAAAAAUGAAGCUGAAGGAACAGAAGACAAUUUACAAGCAGCUGAAGAAGAUACUUCCAGUUCUCUAGUGAAAGAUCAUCUUUUCCAUCAAGAUACCGUGGUUACCAGUGAGCCUUACAGAAGCUCAAGACCUUCUCCCUUUGAAGGUCUGAAUGCCAGAAGUGUCUACCUGCGAAGCCAAGCCAAUCAGAUAAUGUUCAGUCAUCCAGGCCUAGACAUUCAGGACAGAAGUAUAGAAUAUGGACAGCGGCAAAUGCCCAAGGAAAGUGGAGGCCUGAAGUCCCAAAAUAAGGUCCCUUUGAAAUCAAUUCGACAUGUCAGCUUUCAAGAUGAGGAUGAGAUUGUCAGAAUAAACCCUCGCGAUAUCUUAAUACGUCGCUAUGCAGACUAUAGACAUCCCGACAUGUGGAAAAAUGACCUGGAGAGAGAUGAUACUGAUUCCAGUGUUCAGUUUUCUAAACCAGACAGCAAAAAAUCAGACUAUCUGUACUCUUGUGGGGAUGAAACUAAGUUAAGUUCGCUCAAAGACUCUGUGGUAUUUAAGACACAGCCUUCCUCAUUAAAAUUUAAGAAGUCAAAACGAAGAAAAGAAGAUGGUGAACGUUCUCGCUGCGUAUACUGCCAGGAAAGGUUUAAUCAUGAAGAAAAUGGCAGGGGAAAAUGUCAAGAUGCUCCAGACCCUAUUAAGAGAUGCAUAUAUCAAGUUAGUUGCAUGCUCUGUGCAGAGAGCAUGUUGUAUCAUUGUAUGUCAGACUCAGAGGGAGAUUUCUCUGACCCCUGUUCGUGUGACACUAGCGAUGACAAGUUCUGCUUACGAUGGUUAGCCCUAGUAGCUUUGUCUUUCAUUGUACCAUGUAUGUGCUGCUACGUCCCUUUGAGAAUGUGCCAUCGUUGUGGUGAGGCGUGUGGGUGCUGUGGUGGGAAACAUAAAGCUGCUGGAUGAAAGCAUCCAGUGACGAAGUGAGCUUAAAAUCUUUGUGUCCAGGAAUUAGCUAACUUGGAUUUGUGGAAGCUUUUGGCAAGCAUUAUGCAGUCUUGCCUGGUAUCCUUGGGGCCACACGUGGAGGAAGCAGAACUCAUCGGUUCUUGGCAUUUCACAAAUGCUCGCCAUGCCCUUUUCCCUGGAGUGCAUGGCAUGUUUUGUUAACAGGUUGUCAAGAGUAUUUGCAAAAGGAAACCAUUUCUGGUUAUUGGCAAUAUAAAGUGAACAUAAAAUAUGAUCCAACUAAAAGGGAUUAAAUUUUUUUGGCAUUUUUGUAUAUUUAUGCAUUAGGUGAUGGGACCUUUGAAGGUUUAAAUUCAUUAAGAUAUAAACUAAAAGUGCACUAGGGGACAGUUGGAUUUCAAUUUAAGAAAAGUUAACACUUGGGAAUUGUAAGAAGUAAAACAAGUGCAACUAAAUCAUUUAUUAGUUGUUUUUUGAAAGCAGUUUUAUGUAUAAAUAACAAAUGUUUAUAUUUAACUAAAUAAAAGGUACGAAUUAUUACAUAUAAAGCUUUUCUUCCCCUUCCUAGUUCUGAAGUAGAUGUACAUAUAUCUACUGUCACAUUCCAUUAUAUUUUGAAUAUUUUACUCAUCUAGUUAAUAACGUUUUUAUUCCAUGUGAAUGAUUUUAUAUUUUCAUCGUCAUUUCCCUUUGGCUACAGUUUAUAUUGAGUUAUAUCUGUACAUUCUGGUAAUCUAAAAUCCUUAUAAAAUAUUCUAAUAGCCUUGAGUGACCAACUUUUUUUUUUUAAGCACAGAUGUAAUUGUCUAAUGUUAUGAUGGGAACAUAACACUUAUUUUUAUAUAAAAAGAGACUGAGUAAACAUUAUAGAAAAAGUGAGGUUUUGGGUUGUUUUGUUUUGUUUGUGGUAUUCAACCAGCAAGUUGUUUUCUUUCAGAAUUUCCUCCUUUCAAAGAACUAUAUUGCAUUUACAAAUGUUUUACAAGGUGAAAAGUGCAACUGGAUAGAGUCAAACAGUUUCCUCCUGAGAUUUCCACUUACCAUUCUGCUAAUCCAGAGUAUGUUCAGCUGUGUUAAUAAUAUUUUAGCUUAAUCCUCAGUGCUUAUUGUCACAUAACAAUGAUAACUUUUCUCAUUGUAUUUAAACUGACCAGAAGCAAAAUUAUGCUAAAGAGUGUGCUAAACUACCCCAGAAAAAUAUUCAAUCCAACAUCCUGAAUGAAAUAUCUCGUUAUGUUUAGAUUUAUUUUCUCUUGCAGAGCAUAGUCCUACUGGAUGUUUUAUUUGCAAAGUAGUUGCAUAAAUGUCCGGCAAGCUGUUUGGAGUACUUUGGGGUCAAAUUGUCUUUUUUUUUUUAAGUGUUACAUUGAAACUCUAACCAAGUAAGGGGUUCCUAAAGGACAUUCCCUUAAAGGGAUAAAGUUGAGAAGUGUGCCUUUUUUUUAAUGGCUUGAAGUUUCAGAAAUGAUCAAAAUUAAAAUCACACUACUGUUUGAAGCUCAUUUUCUAUGCAGGUUUUAAAAUGUCAUUUACAUAAUCAUUUUUUUUACAUAUCACACUUAAAAGCUUGUGUUAGCUUUCUUCUUUUGCCCCAGAUCAAACUGAACAAUGUACAUAACACUGUCUGUCUGUAAAAUACUUUUUUUUAAGAAAGCAUUUAUAUUUAUAUGACAGCUUGAACUGACAACAUUGUGUAUAUAGAUCAUCUUGAAGUAUUAUUUCACAUUGAAAAGAAGAAAAAUAUAUUGAUAACUAUAGAUGUUAUGAAGAAGAGGUUAUUUCUAGUUUUGUACUAAAAAUCAAUUGGUUGAACUAAGUCCAAAACACGACACUGUAGCAGCAGUUUUAAGUCUUAUUUUUACUGUUUAUAUAUUUGGAUGCUGCUACGCCAGAUGAUCUUCAUCCCUGAAGUUUUCAGCUAAACUUGGUUUCCUAGAAUAGACUGUUAACUUUCAAAAUUACUUUUUAUUGAUAAAAUGGAAAUACUGGUUUUCCUUGUGACUGAAUUUUCAUAUUUGUAAGUGCUGAGUUUAUAAUUCAGGUUUGAGCAGGUGUGAAUAACUGAAGAAAAUAACUUGCUGGCUAUAUAGGAAAACGCUGUGGAAAUGAACUGUGUAUAUACUUCUGGGAAGAACAAAUGUAAUCAUUUCUUCUGUUGAGCACUAAUCAGUAUAGUGCAACUCCUGGUUCUGUACUGUAUUUUAUAUGCAACAUAUAUGCUUUAAUAUUUUAAUGUUUGUGCAUUAAUAUUUUCAAUUUGUUUAACCACUUUGCUGCUAAGAUCUUUCCGUCCCAUCCCCAAUUUUUCCUUUACAAUUUUUAAACAAGUUUCUUCAUUAAAAACUAUGGUGAUGAAAUGGUUUUUAUUUUACCUUGAAUUUUUAUAGUUUAACACACCAAGGUUCCAAAUCAGUCUAGAAGGCUAACUCAUAAUGUUACCUGAAUCCCUUAUGUGGAAAUUUUCUCUUGAGUAAAUUAGAAUUACUAUGUGAAAACAAAUGAAUAGGUUAAAUUUCUCAUUCUUAAACGUAUAGAUACGUUUGGGAGCAUUUUCUCAGUCUGCAUACAGAUUUGACACUGCCAAUUGGCUUGUCCUCUAAAAUCCUUCUUUUCAGUUUUAAUCUGAUAGUAUAAGCAAAUGGCUAAGCAAAACUGUUUAAGUAAUAGUAAAUACUGAAAGUGAAAACAAGAAGAUUUUGAUCUGAUGGCUUGUUCAGAAUUAAUAAUUCUUAAAUGAUUUUCCUCUGACUUGACAGGGGAAUCACUUGAUUUCUGAAGAAAUACGAGGUAUGUAACUUCAGCACCACCUACUGGAUGAUUUAUAGACCAUAUGUGAGGUGGCAGUUGGGAUCUGACAGGGUUCAUCAUUACUGCCAGUAAAGGGCUAUUUAAGGGGCGGCCACCUCCAAAUGGAGAAAGCAGGAAUAAGAAAUAUCUCAAAAGAACUGUAAAACCAGUCUUUUCCCUAAUGUGUCUUAUUGGUCCUGAAAGAUUUUAAGCACUUUUUUCCUUACGUAUCCUGUUUUAAAUAUUUAUCAAUAUUUGGAACUGGCAAUCAAACUUAAUGGAUGUGCCGAAGCAUUUAUAGAACCAAUUCUUUUAACUUGUAAAAGCCAUUGGUAAAAUGGUAUUCUUUUCCUCCCAUUACCAGUCAGGGAGAACUUUUUAGAAAAAAUAAACGUCACUGUAUUUCAUCAUG